AUGUCCUUGAUGCGUUGCCGUGGCAGGUUUGGGGGUUUACAGUUGAAUGUAGAAAACAUGCCUUGGCAGUGGCAGCUGGGCGUGGUGUCCGUGUUCCUCAGCUGGGUGCUCCUGGUCAUCUACAUUCGCAAGCUUCCCUUCCUGGGCAUCUACGUGGUCAUGUUCACCAGCGUGCUGAGCACCUUCAGCCAGUUCUUCAUGGUCUUCUUCCUGUUCAUCGUCGCCUUCGCCCUGGCCUUCCUGGCCGUCUUCCAGAACCAGCCGGCGUUCGACAACCCCUGGAAGGCCAUCAUGAAGACGACGGUGAUGAUGGUGGGCGAGAUGGAGUACGACAGCCUGUUCAAUGAAAACGUGCUCCCGUACGAGACGGCCUCGUACAUCCUGAUGGCGCUCUUCCUCGUGCUCAUGACGAUCAUCACGUCCAACCUGCUGGUCGGCCUCGCCGUCGACGACAUCAAGGUGGUCCUCGAACAAGCGGAGCUCAAGAGGCUCGGCAUGCAGGUGAAACUGGUGCUGACGGUGGAGACGAUGCUGCCCACGUGGGCGCGUCGACAAGUGGUGGUCCAGAAGAGGACCGUCAGACCCAACAGGAAGUCUAGGAUUGCCACCCUCAUGCGACGCCUGUUCGGAAUAAACAUUCACACUUUCCAGCCGGGCUCCAGAGAAGAGAAGUACACGGUCGAGAAGGUUUACGAGCACCAGGAGGGGAUGGAGCGCCUACUGCGGCACCUCGAAGAGCGGAUGGACAUCCUGGCCCAGCAGGGACACCGGCUCGAGAAGGCGCUCAACGCGCUCGGGCAACGUGCCCGGGGCAGCAGCGAACGCGGCUCGACGGGGUCCUCGUCCCCCGGCGACGUCUGACGCCCGGACUCUCUGUGCAUCCGCUGUCCGACUAAGCUGCCGGGUGUAAUAGACAUUCUACACCGCGGUCUCACCGCUAAGACGUCAUACAAAAGACAGUCUGGAGGCACCGUCCUGGGCGUGUUUGUUCCUCGUAUGGCGGUCCUAGUCACAUUGGUCGUACGAAAACUCUCUGCAAGCAUCUCGAAGCCUACAAAUAUACGAAGCAAACGCGCUUUGAACAAGCUCCACGUGUGUCCGCAGAAUUUUCUGUCAUGGUGUCUGCAGCAAACAGAGUGUCUUUUUUACGAUGUAUACAAGCCAUGUAAGUCUGCCUUUACGAAACCCCAUCAGGCAUCAUCGACGGACGCCACAAUUUGAGCGUCGCUUCCAGAGCACAGCGUGCGAUUGAGGCAGCACUCGUUGACGAUAUAUGCUCGGGAUAUGUGCUCAAAAAGCGAUGGACUCCCAGAAGCUACUAUACAGCGUUACUCGAUCAACUCAGUUGGCAAACUCCCACGGAGAGCGUGAUCCCUUCAAAGACACGCGCUGACACACGUCAGUUUCCGCUGAUAAUCCCAGAUUCGGAAAUGCUGUUUGAAGCGUCAUCCUUCCUGCCCGCUGCGGCCGUGUUUUGAACUGCUGUUGCAAGACACGCCGCGGCGAGCAAGAAGGUUGGCGCUUCGAGUAGUGUUAGCCCGGCUGAGGGGGU